AUAAUGACAGGCUCGAUAUUUAACGUGAAAACCUAUAUUCGGUACAUCGAAGUUGGCCGAGGUAUGAUUUCGUUUGCGCGUAGCGCGUAAGCAAUUCACUUGCGAUAUAUAGUAUAUAGGGAUUCACAUUAUAUCGCAAGUGAAUUGCUUACGCGCUACGCCCAAACGAAAUCAUACCUCGGCCGACUUCGAUGUACCGAAUAUAGGUUUUCACGUUAAACAUCGAGUGCACUGCAUAUAUGAUGCUUCGGCAACUCACGAAUCGCCAAAGCAAGUGAAAUGCUAAAUCCACGAGUGUGCCGACAAGUCCGCUGCUUCAUUGAGUAUGUUCAUACUUGACGAAAGACAAAUAGAAACGAGAAUCGAGAAUCGACUGCAAAGACUUGCAAUUGGUGAACAAAUGUAAACCGUUUUAAUGGAGCGAAAUUACAGUCUUCUGCUUGAAAAAAAAUGAAGAGUAGAACUGAGAGCUAAGGCCUGCUGCACAUGUGCGUGUACUCGUGCAAAAUGACUGCAAUAAAGGGGAAUGGGCUUGCAAACAGCAAAAAAUCGUCUCUAUGAAAUUGUGCAGAUCAAAAAAAAAAAUAAAAGAGUUGAAGAGAAUUGGCAUAGAUUUCCAAAGUUGACAUUAGUUUCUAUUUGCUCCUCUGAACAUGUGCCAGAAUGAAUGCUCAAUAUUUGGUGUUGAUUCUGUUAAACUGUUGGCUUCUUAGUAAAUAUAUCACCACCACGGUGGCCAUUUCGCAAGUGAAGCCCAAUCUAUUAAAAGCAGGUGAAACCCACGUAAGACGAUUGCAACCGAGUGCGCGCAACUAUUUAUAUUUGAAUUACAAAGAAGCAUAUGGGCUUCGAUUCGAUCCGAAAAAGACUCAUAAAAAACGGCAAUCAAAUGUUUCAAGUGACGACCAGCCGACGUGGAAUGAUGUAUCUGUUUCAAUGCCUACACCUCCACCAGCGGUGUCGGUUACAACAAUGGAAGCGAAUGGAAUGCAGACGGUAUCUGUUUCUACUGAAAUUGCUUCAAAUCUAACCACAACGAUUGCAAGCCCCGCAAGCAGCGAUGUAUCAAUUACAACGUCAAGCACAAUGAUGAAGACGACGAGUACGCAGAGCACGACGACUGAUGACAAAGUAUCAUCAACUGAGGGCACUAGACCAAACAAACAGCCAGUGAUAGCAUUUUCAUCAUUGCUCAAUUGGAACAAUGCAGCAAAACGAAAAAACGCAACAACAAUGAUUCAACGACCCAACGCAUCGUCUUCAUUAAAAGAAACACUACAAUUGAUUCGCAAGAGAAUCAAACAAUGGCUUGCACAUGGAAGCGAUACAAAGGCAUCACUUGUCAAUGGGCAAAGAUUUUUGAACCUUUUUAAUGUCAUUAAAUUCGAAAAUGGUCCAUGCACAUCGACACAGGAAGGAUUAACCGAAAUGUCGGGCAUUUGCUAUCAAGACUUUCAAUGCACUGAAAUGGGUGGAUCAUCGAUUGAUGAAUGCGCUGAUGGUCUUGGAGUUUGUUGUGUUUUUAAAACCGGAUGUGGUCAAACAACGAACCAACUUGAUUCAUACUUUCAAAAUCCUGGAUGGCCUGAAGCGAGCCAAGAUCGAUUAAUUUGCACUCUAACUAUUGAAUUGCAAGAAAAUGUACAACAAGUGCGAUUGGAUAUGAUUUUGCUUGAGCUCAAAGCACCAACAGAUGGUAACUGUAUUGAUGACCAAUUCUAUGUUGCUGGACAAAAUCUGAACAAUAUGGUUCCAACAAUAUGUGGUGUUAACAGCGGUCAACACAUGUACAUCGAAGUGAGUAAUUCAAUGGAUCGAAAGGUGUUUUUAACGAUUUUGACAUCAUCAGUGGCUACAAGAGCCUUUAAUAUUCGUGUGCAGCAAUUACAAGAUUCGUUAGCACCAAACAAUUGUCUACAAUAUUACACGGAGACCGAUGGCUGGUUCCAAACAUUCAAUUACGAUGACACAUCACAGUUUGUUACGAAUCGCGUACCAAGCUAUUUCAAUAAUCUCAACUAUGUGAUUUGUAUACAACGCCAAUGGAAUUAUUGCUCCACGACCUACAGCAACGAGGCCGACGAUAUGGAGUACGAUUUUCAGUUAAUCAAUAUCGAUUCAGAGGGUAUGAGUGUGAUUCCAGAGAAACAAGCAGGAGUCGAAAUAUUCAGUUGCAAUGAUGAUUAUAUAUCGGUGAAUUCAAUUCGUUUAUGCGGUGAAAAGUUGAAUGAUGCCAAUCGAAAUGAUGAUUUAACAGCGAAUGCAGUCAUCACUGACACCAGCAACGGUCUGAAUAUUAUUCCAGUGCGCACAAACGAUGCAGGAGUUGGACGUGGCUUUCGAAUAAAUUAUAUUCAACAGCUGUGUGAAGAUCAAUCAGUCACAAUGGAACCAACGAUCGAAACAACCGAAGCUCCACCGGACGAUUCACCGAUUUCCAAAUAUAAACGCAACCAACGAACAUGA